CAGCCCCCUCUCCCUCCCUCCCUCCCUCCCCUCUCUCUCUCUCUCCUCUCUCUCUCCCUCGCUCGAUCCGCCGCUCACUUCUGUCUCAAUAUGUCUCAAGAUGGCGGCCAAUGUGGGAUCGAUGUUUCAAUAUUGGAAGCGCUUUGAUUUACAGCAGCUGCAGGUCAGGCUCCGGGGUCCGCUCGCGGAGGGAGCUUGAUGCCACAGCGACAGUGUUGGCAAACCGCCAAGAUGAAAGUGAACAAUCAAGAAAGAAGCUUAUUGAACAAAGCCGUGAGUUCAAGAAAAACACUCCAGAGGACCUGCGCAAACAGGUAGCUCCACUACUGAAAAGUUUCCAGGGCGAGAUUGAUGCUUUGGGCAAAAGAAGCAAAGAAGCCGAGGCAGCAUUCUUGAAUGUCUACAAGAGAUUAAUUGAUGUUCCAGAUCCCGUACCAGCUCUGGAUCUGGGGCAGCAGCUCCAGCUGAAAGUCCAGCGCAUGCACGAUAUUGAAACAGAGAACCAGAAACUUAGAGAAACGCUUGAGGAGUACAACAAAGAAUUUGCAGAAGUGAAAAAUCAAGAGGUGACAAUAAAAGCACUUAAAGAGAAAAUCCGGGAAUAUGAGCAGACCCUGAAGAACCAAGCGGAGAACAUUGCUCUUGAGAAGGAACAAAAGUUGCAGAAUGACUUUGCUGAGAAAGAAAGAAUGUUGCAAGAGACGCAGGUUUCGACAGCCUCAAAGCUGGAGGAGGCUGAACACAAAGUGCAAGCGUUGCAAACAGCCUUGGAAAAGACACGGACGGAGUUAUUUGACCUGAAGACAAAAUAUGAUGAGGAAACAACGGCAAAGUCUGAUGAAAUUGAGAUUAUCAUGACAGACCUUGAAAGAGCAAAUCAGAGAGCAGAGGUAGCUCAAAGAGAAGCAGAAUCCCUGAGGGAGCAGCUCUCAUCCGCUAACAAAUCUCUCCAGCUAGCUACCCAGAUCCAGAAAGCACCCGAUGUGGAGCAGGCCAUCGAGGUGCUGACAAGAUCCAGCUUGGAAGUAGAACUGGCUGCAAAAGAGCGUGAAAUCGCUCAGCUGGUAGAAGAUGUGCAGAGACUCCAAGGCAGCCUCACCAAGCUCCGGGAAAACUCCACCAGCCAGAUCUCUCAGCUUGAGCAGCAGCUGACCGCCAAGAACAGCACACUCAAACAACUGGAAGAAAAAUUGAAGGUGCAAGCUGACUAUGAUGAGGUUAAGAAAGAAUUGAACAUCUUGAAGUCCAUGGAGUUUGCACCCUCUGAUGGCUCCAGCACACAGGAUGCUGCAUCCAAACCGCUGGAAGUCCUGCUGCUGGAAAAGAACCGCCUGCUACAAUCGGAGAACGCCACGCUCCGUAUCACAAACAGUGACCUGAGCGGGUCAGCCAGGAGAAAAGGGAAAGACCAGCCUGAGAGUCAGCGUCCUGCAACCUUGCCGGCCUCCCCUCCUCCUCAGUUGCCCCGCAAUGCAGGGGAGCAGGCUUCCAAUACUAAUGGUACACAUCAGUUCUCACCAACGGGUUUAAGUCAAGACUUUUUCAGCUCAUCCUUGGCAAGCUCCGGCUUACCCCUGGCUUCUACAGGAAAAUUUGCACUAAACUCUCUCCUCCAGCGCCAGCUUAUGCAGUCCUUCUACUCCAAGGCAAUGCAGGAAGCAGGAAGCACAAGCAUGAUUUUUUCAGCAGGUCCCUACAGCACAAACUCCAUAUCUUCCCAAAGCCCCUUGCAACAAAGCCCGGAUGUCAACGGCAUGGCCCCGUCCCCCAGCCAGUCCGAAAGCACUGGCAGCGCCUCGGAAGGCGAGGAGAUUGACACGGCCGAAAUUGCACGUCAGGUCAAAGAGCAGUUGAUCAAGCACAAUAUUGGACAGCGGAUCUUUGGACACUAUGUCCUGGGGCUCUCGCAAGGCUCCGUCAGCGAGAUCCUGGCUCGGCCCAAGCCUUGGAACAAGCUCACGGUGAGAGGCAAGGAACCAUUCCACAAGAUGAAGCAGUUCCUGUCGGACGAGCAGAACAUCUUGGCGUUGCGCAGCAUCCAGGGAAGGCAAAGAGAGAAUCCAGGCCAGAACCUGAACAGGCUAUUUCAGGAAGUACCGAAACGAAGAAAUGGGUCGGAAGGUAACAUCACCACAAGAAUCCGAGCCACAGAGGCAGGCUCUGAUGAAGCUAUCAAAUCCAUCCUAGAGCAAGCAAAAAGGGAGCUGCAGGUACAGAAAACAGCUGAGCCGGCUCAGCCACCUUCCACCUCGAGCACUGGUGGAUCCGACGAUGCCAUCCGCUCCAUUCUGCAGCAAGCCCGGCGAGAGAUGGAAGCACAGCAGGCCGCCCUCGAACCUGCCUUAAAAGCAACCCCUCUGUCCCAAGCUGAGAUCUCCAUCUUGUCCCCAAAACUUGUCCCCACGCCCGCCAUUUCUUCGGUCGCCAGUUAUUCCCCCCUGGCCAUGUCCUUGAAGAAGCACUCGUCGUCUGUGGAUUCCAGCAUCUCCUCUCUGCAGACUCUCUCUGGUCUGAAGAAGGAGGCCCAAGAGGCCCCCAUCCUGGACCUCCACGGGAUGUCUGAUUCAACGCAAGGGGUGCUGAGGCACGUUAAAAAUGAACUGGGGCGCAGCGGGGUGUGGAAGGACCACUGGUGGAACACUGUGCAGCCUGACAGAAGGAAUGCCGCCCCUCCAGAUGACCCCAAAGUGGAGGAAACCACCAGCGGGAAAGAGAAGGCCAGCAGCCAAUCUCGGUCGGACCGUAACCAGCAGCUUCAAGGGCCUUCCUCUUCGGACUACUGGAAAGAGUGGCCCAACGCGGAGUCACCCUAUUCCCAGAGCUCUGAACUGAGUGUGACAGGGGCGAGCCGCAGUGAGACGCCGCAGAACAGCCCCCUCCCUUCCUCCCCCAUUGUCUCUUUAGCAAAGCCAUCUAAACCUUCCGUUCCUCCAUUGACCCCCGAGCAGUAUGAGAUUUAUAUGUACCAGGAAGUGGAUACAAUAGAGCUAACCCGUCAGGUCAAAGAGAAGCUAGCGAAGAACGGCAUCUGCCAAAGGAUAUUUGGGGAAAAGGUGCUGGGCCUCUCCCAGGGCAGCGUCAGUGACAUGCUGUCCCGGCCAAAGCCAUGGAGCAAGUUGACGCAGAAAGGCCGCGAGCCAUUCAUCCGCAUGCAGCUCUGGCUAAACGGUGAACUGGGGCAGGGAGUCUUGCCUUCCCAAGGGCAGCCCCAAGGCCAGGUUCUUCACUCUGUGUCAUCACUGCAAGAUUCCCUUCAGCAGGGAUGCGCAAGCUCAGAAAGCACCCCAAAGACAUCGGCCAGUUGCAGUCCUGCUCCCGAGUCCCCCAUGAGCUCCAGCGAAUCUGUGAAGAGCCUGACGGAACUGGUCCAGCAGCCGUGUCCUGCCAUAGAGACAAGUAAGGAGGGCAAGCUGCAGGAGUCGAGUGAGGCGUCCGCUUCAGAGUCCCAGUCCACAACGCCAUUGCCCCUCUCUGGCCAUUCAUCACUCAGCAUUCAAGAACUGGUCGCUAUGUCACCGGAACUGGAUACCUACGGCAUCACAAAGCGGGUCAAAGAGGUGCUCACAGACAACAACCUGGCGUGGCUGACAAGCCUAAAACGCAGCAGAAGAGGCAAGAAAUGUACCCCAAACCUUGCAUUAGGUCAGCGUCUGUUUGGGGAGACAAUCCUGGGGCUAACACAAGGUUCAGUCUCAGAUCUGCUGGCACGUCCCAAGCCCUGGCACAAGCUGAGCUUGAAGGGCCGGGAGCCGUUUGUUCGCAUGCAGCUAUGGCUCAACGACCCCAACAACGUGGAGAAGUUGAUGGACAUGAAACGCAUGGAAAAGAAAGCGUACAUGAAACGAAGGCACAGCUCAGUCAGCGACAGCCAGCCUUCGGAGUCUUCUUCAGCGGGCAUCGAUUACAGCCAGGGGGCCAGUCCACAGCCGCAGCAUCAGCUAAAGAAGCCGCGAGUUGUGUUGGCCCCAGAAGAGAAAGAAGCUCUGAAGCGAGCCUAUCAGCAAAAGCCAUACCCAUCACCAAAAACCAUUGAGGAGCUCGCCACACAGCUCAACUUGAAGACCAGCACCGUCAUUAAUUGGUUCCACAAUUACAGGUCUCGCAUUCGCCGAGAGCUCUUUAUCGAAGAGAUCCAAGCGGGAGGCCAGAGCCAGGCUGGGUCCAGCGACUCUCCUUCGGCCAGAAGCAGCCGGGCAGUUCACAGCUCCGAAGGAGACAGUUGUGAUGGGGUGGACGCGGAGGGCCCGCCCGACGGGAAGCCGGGAAGCCGCCUGGAAGCCGACGAGUACAGCAGCAACACAACCACAAAGUCUCAGGGAGGGCGAGCAGCGUCAGCUUUCGAUGCAGGGGAAGAGGCACUGCGAGACGCCGGAUCUUCGGAGAAAACGGAGACAUUCCACUUGGGGGCGGAGAGCCUGGACGACACUGACGACGAGGGGAGGCUCCGAGCGCCGCGUCCGAGUUCUCCGCCGGGCUCCCUACAUUCAGGAGAAACUCUGGAGACGACGCCAAACUGUGCUCCAGAAGAGGAUGCCUCUACCUCAGCUGCCUCCACCUCGCUCCUUGCAGGGGAGAGCUCCUGCAAGGCCGCAGGGGAACGUGUGGAGAAAAUUCCCAUUGUGCCAAGUACCAGCUCCACGCCAGCCACCAACUCCCUCCAGACCCUGUUCGGCUUCUCCGAGGCGGUUUGCUCGAAGAACACGCGGGACAACACCUUGAGGAAAAAGAAGGCAGCGAAUUUGAACAGCAUAAUCCACCGCCUAGAGAAGGCCGCAAGUCGAGAGGAGCCCGUGGAGUGGGAGUUUUGAGAUUAAGCUCACCCAACUCUGAGGAGCUGGGGAAGUAAAACACAAAAAACAAAAACACACACACAAAAAAACACUUGGACCUCUUCUGGUUUUAAUUGUGUCCCGCACUUACAGCCCUGCAGGCCACGGGGCAAAAAUGCCAUAGGCCAAGGUGCAUAUAGAGAACGAAAGGAGCGUUUCAGCCCAGUUUUAUGUUUGUGUUUUCAAGGACGAAAACUGAAAAUGUGUAGUCGAGCUUUUUGUACCCCGAAGUGUUUCUAUUAAUUGCCCUAAAGUGAUUUUCCACAGUUUCUGGGGAAGAAAAAAAAACUCAUACAGCUUUUGCCUUCUGCCCUCCUCUUUGGUGUGGGCUUUAAAACUAAAAAAAAAAAUUAUAUACAAACAAGAAGAAGAAAAAUUAAACCCACAUAUUUAAAAGGGGGGCUUUUUAUCCGCCAUCUAAUGGCUAAACAGAGCGAUAAUAAUACACUAUUAUCUUCUUUAAGCAGGAAAACCGAAAAAAGAUGGAAGGGGAGAUUUUUUGAGAAAAAGAAAAAAAGGUUUUUUGUAGCUGUUCAGUUGCCACUAAGAGAUUGCACAGUCAACCCGACUCUAAACACACUAGUUUGAAUUCCUAAAUAUUUUCAAGAAAAGAAUAUUGUUUAAAACUUGGGAUUUAAAAAAAAAAUACACAUUUACUCCUCGUAUUUUUUAAACAAAAGAGAAAAGUCACAUCAGGAAAAUAUCUUAAUUUGUGGUAGCUGACUUCAGUGUUUUUCUUGUAAAGUGGAAUAGAAAAUUGACUUGUAGUGCACAUCGUUUCAUAGCUUUAACCAAUUCUGGUCUCUUUAUGGGCUGGGAUUUGUUUAAUACACUCCAUUUUAGGCCAAAUCAGGACAGAAAAAGGAAGAAAUCUGAAAAAAAAAAAUCUGAAAUCUAGGUAUUUUAUAAUCUGCUUUUUAACCUCUAACCACAGAGCACGCAGAUCAGACCUCAUUUCUAGGAGGUGUGGGAGACAGCUUGGAAUGGGUACUUGAUCGGAUCAGUUUGAAUUGCGUCAUACCAGCCUUGCAAAUCAGUUACAAGUCCUCAGCCUGCCUAGUCACACAUGCCUACAUUAGUCAUUUGUGGCCUAUGGGAAAAGAACCACCAGCUUUUGAAAGAAAUUAGCUCACUUGGUUGCAGACAGGUGGGUGUCAUAAUGAGCCUACGUUAUACGUAGGACCUUGGCAGGGUGGUGGUGUUGACUAGAAGGAUGGAAGCGUUUGGCUGAUACCACUUUGGGAAGAGUGGAGGUGCAUCUUGCAUUGAGAAGCACUUAGAACAUGAGAGGGGAGCCUUCAGUUGAUGUUUGACUACAACUCCCACCAACCUUGUCCAUUGAGCAUGCCAGCUGGUGCUGAUGGGAGUCGGAGUCCAGCAACAUCUGAAGGUGGGAUGGGUUCCCCACUCCUGACUUACAGUGAGCUGUCUUGAUGGCAGGCGGUGAGAUCAGUCACUGGGCACUUUCUUGUUCUCACAUCCCACUAAGAUAGAAAAGGACCUUUCAGCCCCCUUAACUAAUUGGUUAAUCACUGGCUGUGGUCCCACAGCAAGCACUGAUUUCUCUAUUACGUUUCAGUUGUGGGAUUAUUAUUAUUAUUACCAUCCUUUUAUGGCGGGGGGGGGUGUCCUCAUUAACAAAAAGAGGAAAGGCUUGCAGGAGGAGCCCGUGGCAUUCGGUAAUCGCAACGUAAACCACAGAACACCUAACCAAAACAUGCGCAGAAGCAUGGCGCCCAUCGCAAUUGUCAGCUCUUCCACUUUGUUUUGCAAAAGCUGCAAGGCCGAUCAAAGUACAGAAUCAAAUUUCCAAAUUGUCUCUGACGCCUCCUGUUGUCUAUGUGUAUAUGCGUGAGCAUAGAGCCGUGUGGAAAGCCGAGUGUGUGCGUGAGUGUGUGUGCAAUUUUAUACGUCUGUAUUUUCUUACGUACUUCUUGCACGCAUAGAGUGCAUUACUGCCACCUUUUUUCAAUAAGCUGUUUUAUCAGUUACGGCUUCUACAAGUUUGCUGAUUUAGACUCCUUUAUUGCCAUAUCUUUAAAACUAACGAUAGAACGAUUUCGGUAUAUAUAUAUUAUUUUUGCUUAUUUAUAGGUGCUGUAUUUUAUUAUCUGAUUGUUAGGGAUGAAAGGGGGCAAAUAUUCUUUAGAGGGAUAGACUGCCGGCAGUAUUGGGUAUAAUUUACAAGAUGUAGUUGUCAUACUGUAUAUUAUUGACAGACUUUUUCUUUUCUUUUGUUUUUUUGGGUCCGUAUUGUGUAUCAUGGAAAACUUUGUCUUAGGUCAACAUCUUUUGAUGACACUUUAAUGGUGCAUUCAUUGCUUCUUAAGUUCUAAUUAAUAUUUUUUUCUUUGUGAUAUGGGGAGGGGGGCAGGGGGAAAGGUAUUCUGAGUUUUAAAAAUGUGUUCCCAACAUUACACCUCAACAUGCUUGAAGUUCAUUAGUAAUUGAUAUGGGGGGAGGGGCUACAAGAUGUGAAACCACCUUCCUUGCACGUGUUUUUUUUUUUAAAAAAAAGGCAAUUGUGUAUUUUGCAGUCUCUUUUCAAGGAUUGACAGCAGCACUUAGUUCAGAUCUUCACAAAUUUAAAUGUUUGGUAGCUUUAAAAGAAAAAAAUGCCUUUUCAUGGCCCAGGACGAAGGCUCUAGGAGGCUGCAAGGCAGGCUUGCUUUGACCACUUCUUGCUGUUAAUUUUAUAAUUUCGUAACUGUUUUGAGGAUCCGAAUGUCGGAGCUUGAGGUCCACCGACAGCUCUUGGUUUGUUCCAUCAUGAUCUGAGGAGACGUAUUUGCAAAAAUUGUGGCUGAUAUGAGAAUCUGGGCAGCAGAGAAAGCCCAGCUGUUCCAGAAGAAAAUCUGGAGAAGUAAAUAAGCGCUGGUGAUUCUUGACGUAGGCAUAAUCACCCUUUCCUAGCAGAUAAACCUUCUGCUCUUGGCACAUACAUGAAGGCCGUGGUACAGCGGCUCUUAACAUAUGCAUGGAAUUUUGCGUGAGCAUAUCAGAGUGGGACUCGUGACUAAGGGGUUGCUCAGCUUCUGCCAUAAGAAUUCCCCACUUGCUUCUCCAAACAGGAUCUGCCUCUCUUUCUCAAAUCUUCCUGUCAGCUUACCCAUCUUCACUUUUAUCAGGGCCAAGCGUCUGAGUCGAUGAAGGAAUCCGUUCUUGCCUUCAGAUGUUUGUAUCUUUUCUUACAGCAAUAGAUCUCCCGUUCUGAUGUUUCCUCCCCUCCCAGAUAGAUAUGAGGAUGCUUGCCGCCGUCAGGGCCCCAUGAUUUGAUGUCUCCCCAUGGAAACCUGCAUCCCAUAACGCUGUUACUUGUGUGGUUUAGAGCAUGCCCUAGCCGAGCAGUCAGAGUUCUGCCACCCAUCCUGAUAAGCAAUAUUGAAGUGCCUUGAAAUAACAGAAUUCUGGUUGUCUUUCAUGUGCUGUGCUUCUCCUCCCCUCCCCACCCUGGUGCCUGUGGAGCAUAUCGUAAAUAUUGUGUAACCUCUUUCCUUUUUUCCUCCCUAGGCCCAAGCAGAUCUGUCUCGUGUAAAAUCUAAGCUUGCUUUAGGGUAGGUGGUUCAUUGCAGGGACCCUUAUUCACAGAACUGAAGCACUCUUAGGCCAAAUCAAAGAAGAUGUUGCCGCUCUGCCAGCAGCUGCAAAUUUGAAGCAGGAAAGCGCUUGAGAUUUCAGUAUAUAGUUGGCACUGUAUUGUCAUUUUGGUUCCUUCCAUCAUUUCUGUUUGGCUUUGAAGGGAAAGGCUGGCAUGGACUCAGUAGAGAGAUUCCCCUAAAAGAAUCAUCUGUGCAAGGCCUUCUCCAUCCAAAAUCUGAUUCUUGUGCCUUUGGCAAGAAGGUUUUGGCUGGCUUUUCCAAUUAGUUCUCAACUAGGCUUGGUUGGAUUUGGGUCCUGGCGAGGUGUGCCAUUUGCAAUCCGGUUUUCAGUCUUGGGAAAUCUAGCGUAACGGCCCCGCUUCUGACUGGAAAGUUCAUUGCAGUGCAAAGGAUUACAAACCAGUAGUUGUUAGUCACGGUGGUGAAAAACUACAUUAAGAGGUCACAUUUCAGCAAGUGUAGUUCUGUAUUGUACAGCACCUCAUCCACAGGCGCUUUCCCUGAUACUUUCUUUUACAGCAAACUUCUGGCAAUUUUUUUAAUGGCUGAAGCUUACUGCCAUGCAGUAGUUCCCUGCCAGCCCCCAGCCAGCCCCCCCCCCAAAAAAAACCAUGGGAAAAUAUUCUAGAGAAUUUUAACAGAAGUGAGGAAGCACAUUUCCAACCUGUGCUACAGAAAACCCUGCCCUUGGGGGAAACUACGUUGAGAAUACCAAUUAUAGCAGGCAAGUUUCCUUGAAAAGGCAGCACUAUUCAUGUAAGUCUGCAGCCUUGGCUAAUGUCCCACAUGAACUAAGGCUAUGCCCAAAGCCCAUCCAGAAUCGUUGACACGAUUCGUCGGGCAUUGCAUGGAUUAUUGUGCAACGUGGGAGCCCCAAAGGUGAAGACAGCAGCUCACGCUACUUAGUAAGCCACAUCGCACAAGGCUAGUCCUAGAAGCAUCCAGCAGGGGAGAAUGAGCACCCAUCACUGCCUUCAUGGCCCUUUCUUUCCAAGUGGGUGAAAUUCACCUAAAAGGAAGGCUUUCUCGGGUGCUGUUUUUCUAAGAAAAUGUAUUUUUUCUCACCCCUGUAGGGGGAAAAGGCCAAAUGAAGCCCUCUUUGCAAAUGCUUUUUGGAGAAAUAGAGCUGUGUAUAACUGGCCUCAUGAAAUUCUUCACAGUUCUACUUUUGCAAAAAGCAUUGGCUUCCAAAUUCUCUGCUCAUUUCCACAAAUGAAAUUUCUACGCUGUGUGCAUAGACAACUUUUAAUAACACGCAUGUGGUGGAGCUUUUAGCAGUCCCAGUGAGAGAGGGCAGAGCAGCUUUGGGUUCUGAGUUUGUGGAAAUGAGCUGAUCCUAUGAAUGCUUUAUCAAAAGUAAGCGCCGCUGACUUCAAUGUGACUUGGCCCAGAGCCGGCCCUACCAUUAGACAGAGUGCGGCAACUACCUUGGGCAGCGGAAGCUGGGAAAUGGAGAGCAGCAGCAGCAGCAAGUUUUGUGUACCAUGCAACCUGACCUGUGUCUCCAAAGCUGUCUCCUUCCAACUCUAUGAUUCUAUGAGAGGGGGCCGCCCCAUUGCCAGUGUUGAAAGAUGCAACUGACUGGGCAAAACUUCCGUGCUUGGAAAGAUUGGGAGGUGCACCACCUUGUCCUUCUUCCCACACCACCCAAUGUAUUGAGCCGGGCCUGGACUUGCUCCCAAGGAAGUAUGCAUUGGACUGUAGCUUUAAUCACAGCACCAAAGGGGGACGGAUUCCGCACCCAGAGCCCUUCACAGAAUGUUUGGUACUAUUUGUCAACUGUCCGUAUUGACCCACGUUUCCAAAGCAUGCUGGCACUGAUUUGCAAGUAAAUUUAUCUCAGAGGAGGAGCACUAACCUGCAGCCCUGAAAGAUCAAGCUAACUUGCCUUCUUGCAGGUAGGCAGGUAGCACACUCCCAAGGUAGUUUUCUGGGCUUCUUCAGCGGUCUAAUCUCAAAGCCUUGAUACGUAUAUUGAUAUUCAAAUUCAUAGAGAAUCAGUCUCUUAAGCUUAAGCCAAGAAAUAGUAUUCUUGCAGGCAGGCAGCUGACUUAAGGGGGUUCCGCAUAAGGGGUGUGAGGACAUCAGGAAGAAUGUUGUGGGAAAUUUAGUACCUCUUUGGUUCUAGGCAUCAUCAAAGAACCAUAGUUGGACCCCUAAUUACUGACACCUCCUUAGAUGAGGUGCAGACUGGCCCAGCUCUUCCUGUGUUUGCCUAGGAUAAGGCCUGGAAGAGCCCAUUUCCGCAAACACCUUAUUAAAUGCCUUGCUAGCUGGCAAGCAAUAAAAGUUAGAAAUUUCUAAACUUGAGGUUGAUAAUUUUGAUAAACUGCAGUUAAAACACAACCCUUGGAUAUUUUUAAAAGACAAAUUAAUCAGUACACAGCUCCUGAUUUGAAGUGAGUAAACCUGCCAGAGGAACAGUUGCAGGACAAAUUACUUUUAACCUCCAUUCCAGUUGCAUUUUGACUAUACAUCUUUGUUAAAAGCCACUCCCUACCUUUAGAUCGAAGGAGCUCCAAAAUAAGAAAGGUGGUCCUUAGAGUUGCACUCCUAUCUUUUGUGUGUGUGGCUGUUGAGAGAAUAAUAUGCUUCAAAAAAUAUGCAAUAGAUGCCCUUGCGAUUUAAAAGGAUUCCCCCGCUCCUUUUUGUGUGCGGACUUCUGAAAGAAAAACUGAACAGCAAAGAAAUCUCACUUUUAGCUUAAGUAUUAAUCAAAUCAAAAGAAAAAAGUAUUAGCAGAAUAACAUCAUGGAGAGCUGCUUCUUUUUAAAAAUGUAUUCUCUACUAAGCAUUGCAGCAGUCAGAGGACACUCAGCAGUUCUGUCUCUCAUGCUCCAUUUCAAAAGCCCCCAAUACUGUCAAAUUUUGGCAGUUUCAGAGUUGGCAAAAUCCUUAGGAAAGCACCCAUGGAAGUUGUUUUGUUUCAGAGUCUUGUGCUGCAGCUGAGAACCUUUCUGAGCACCAGGGAGUGAUGGCUGGUGGAAUGGUGUUCACACCUCCUUGAUGAUGUCCCUUAAGUCACCUCCAUGACCACUUAGAUGCCCUUGGAACCCUGUUGAAGCCGGUUAGCUGAUGCCACACCGCUGCUCAGAACUAAAAUAUUUCUGUACUCCCUUGCUUUCCAAGAAAUGUAUUGGAUUGUGUGAGACUCUGCCUGGAGCAGAAUCACCUUGAGUUCAGAUACUUUGUGAGCAAAUGCAAGAAUUUGUCAACAUCAACAAUGCAUGCUUUUAUUAUUAUUAGGACCUAUCAUUUCCAAUUUGGCCUCCUAAUCCUACUCAUGGUUAUAUAAACUUGAAGACAGUGAGGGAGGCUCCUUAGGGUGAGAGGAUGCUAAGGGCCACUGCCAACCGUACUGGGUUGAAUCGGAUGGGUGUCAUGCCCUGUAGGUGCCCCCAGCUCAAAGAAUGAUUCCUGGAGCAAGAAAGGCAAAGCAGUGCGGAACCAGCUUUGCACACAAGCAAGGGGCUCGGGAACUGCUGUGGACACUAUCACAGCACUUGCUUAAACAGUCAGACCAGGUUUGUGGACAGCGCUAGCUACUCUCCCUCCUCCUGCUCACAGUUCUAUGCAUCCAAACCCCUUGUGUUCUGGGUAGUGCUAAAUGCACCCCAGGCCAGCUGCAUUGUGAACACUGGCCAGGCCUGUACCAGGAGAACAGCUCUCCUAGUCGGUCUCCUGUGGACUAGAACUUCCUGUGGGAUACAUCCAGGAGGUCUUCUCUCUCCAAGGUUAGCUAUGAGAGGAGGAGGAGGAGCAGCCUAACACCAAUGGACAAAGCUACCUCUGUUCCCUCCACAGGACUAGCAGAUUGCUGGUCCCUUAUGUUUCAGGCACCACUAAGCACUUAAUUAUAUCGCGUGGAAACAAUCCGUUGAAAUAAAGUAGUGGGGUGAUGUUUUUAAGCCACACACCCAGUUGUUGGGACUUUUAAAGAAAUUGGGUUCUUUAUAACUCAGUUGUACAUUGCUGGGACCUUUUAAUGCAAUUAACUUGCUGGUGCAUUGAUCUAGUAGCCAUUUGCCACCAUUUUUAGUGAAUCCAAAAUUCCUCCCAUCCCACGCAGAAUGCUAAAUAUUUUAGUUGCCACCUUACAUGUUUGCUUCCGUUUUCUGAGGUGUCAUUGCUUUCCAUGGCACGUUAAGCAAUCCCUCUGCGCAAAUGUCAGCCUCGGAAGGGGGGACAUGCGAAGAUCUGCUCAUCACUGCAUGUUUGCUUUCCUAUCUUGUCCUUUUUCUAAUGAGAAGGUGGAAGCUGCAACUUAAGUAAACUCCACUCCAUCCUAUAUGCCCAAAGGCUGUGGUGGAAUACUUACCUGGGAGUAAGUCCCACUGGACCCAGGAGUGCUGGCUUCUGAGCAGAAAUGCAGUCUGUCAGUCUGAUCCAAUGAGUCACUAUUUUUCGUGACUUGUGAUCUGAAUGCAUAGUCUAGCACUCCACUGAAGAAGAAUCCCAAGGCUCUCUGUGAGCCCAACAACUGACAUUGCAGCCAACUGUAAAGAUUAAUUGUGGACCUUUGCAUCUUAGAAAAGUAUUACACAAGCACACUUAAAAGUGGCUAGCACCUAGGGCUGAAAUUGUUGAAGUAAUAAGUUUCAUAAUGGAAGAAAUUAAUUAGUUUAAUUCAUUUAAAAACUAGACACCCCCCCCCCAAAAAAAAUAUCAAUUUUUUAGUCAUGGAAGGGAAGCCUGUACUCCUGGAUCUGCUACAAACUCUCUGCGUAUCAUGCAGUUCACAGUCUUCACAACUGCAAGGAGCAGGAUAUUGGGAGUCCCAUACAUGAGGGCUCCAUGUGCUCAAGGGCAUCUCUCAUUUAUGUAUUAAGAUUUCCACAAAGGCCCUUGAUAAGCAUGCAUGGAAGCCAGUAGCGGGAGCACAUACGCUUCAAAUAGUUUUCAAAGCAAUUUUGUGUCUUAACUUUAGUCAACAGUCAUUACCGAAAUACUCAAGACAUCCUGUUUUAAUUGGAAAUGAAUCUGUUAAAUUCAAAAAUAUUCAUUUACUUAAACCCAUUAAUCAAUUUGCUAUCCUUGUUACUCUGGUGAAAACAUAAUGUAUUUAGUUGCAUGGAUCAUUUCUGAGUGCAUAUAGAAUGAGUUGCCUAACUCGUGUCAUUUUUGCAAGGUUCAUCCAUUUACUUACCUUUUAAAAAACAGAUUCAUUACACAACCUACUUCCUCAAACAACUCCAGAUGAACAUGGCUGGGAUCAACGCAACUCACCCAAAAUGUAGGUCUUUGAACAGCCUUGAGUGGCCAGCAGUUAGACCUGGUCAUGCACAAACUGUUCCACUUCUUGGGCACACAGCGCUGAAGCCUGAAUAAGAAUCUUCAACAGCUUGAAAACAUGCAGUGCUUUUUAUCAAGCAAGAGAGGCUCUCGCACAACCUGUGCAUAGCAAAAUCAGGAUAUAAUUGUGAAGAACAGGGCAUAUAUCUUUGGUAAGGGCCAGCCCAAUUCCUGUCAGGACUGCCCAUCUUCAUUUUCCACUCCGUUAAGAAACUGCUGAAAUAAACACAAGCGCUUGGGGGCACCUUUAAUUUGCAGCGUGGUGGCGUGCAUUUUCUUAUAUGAGCAUGUGAAGUUGCCUGCAGCCUUCCAGCCACUUGUGCCACCAUCUUUUAAGGUACCUUGUCUUUUGCAGCCUCUGUGCAAUUUCUAGGGCUGGCGAGGUGGGGAGCCUGCGAGAUGUUGCUAGACUCUCAACUCCCAUCACCAUUGCCCAUGAUGUCAGUUGGAGUCCAAGAACAUCUGCAUGGCCACUGGUCCCAUACCCGUAUUCUAGAUUAACCACCUGCCUUUUUAAUCAGUUUCAUCAAUUGGCAUGUUACAGGUGCUUUUUGGAGAUAACACAAUUAAACGAAAGCUGCCACUCGUAUCAGUAGCAAAAGCCUUUUGGUGCUGUGCAUGCUUACUCAGAAAUCAUAGAAACGUCGAGUUAGAAGGGGUCCCGAGGGUCAUUUUGUCCAACCCCCUGCAAUGCAGGAAUCUCAACUAAAGCAUCCAUGACAGAUGGCCACCCAACCUCCAAGGAAGGAGAGUCCACCACUUUCCGAGGGAGUCUUCCACUAUUAAACAGCUCUUACCUUCAGAAAGUUACUACUGUUGUUUAGCCACACAUGUCUAGUGAGCCUUGCUUCCAGUUAAAUCUGCCUUAAGCUGCAGUCCUGUACCCAUUUACCUGGUAGAAAGCCCUGUUGAAGUCAGCAUGGUUUACUUAUGAGUAGACUUGCAUAGGAUUGUACUGUUCAAUAACAAUCGUUAAAGCUUGCAGUAAUUUUGCUGGAUUAGCAAUGAUGCAGUGAAGAUUCAAACGCAUUUGUCUGCUUACCCGUUGUCUUUGUAGCCACACAUGCGGAAUAAGCAUUAUGGGGUUUGGUUUUCGAAGUAUAUUCUGCAGAAGUUACUAUGUAUGUAGGACGUCUGCACCUCUGGCAUUGGCAGCAUCCAACUGGAUAAUGUCAGAGCACGGACAGGAGGCCAAGCUUUAAAAUGUCACCAACGGACACUGGAACGCUUAGGGUGCUGAUUCCUUCUGCAAUAACCAGCAGCCAUGCGGGUUUUGUAACCACAAAGGGGAAAAGGUUGCAUAUUUUAAGGCCUCGGUUGUUAAAGCUGACCUUUCCCUCCCUGCCUUAGCAUGUCACCAUGCUGCUUGUAGCUGUGCAUGCAUCACCUGUGUGCAGGAUAGCAAUCUUUCCCCCAUCAUUUUAACACCCCAUCACCCUGAUCCAGUUAUUCCUCACAGUUGCACACACCAAGUACUCAUGCCUGCAAGGGAUUCAUUGCGCACUGGGGCGCACACAGAAGUCAUGCUUGAACCAGCUCCCCUGGUCUCUUUGGUGAGGGAGACAGCUUCACAUACACAAAAUGUGUGUGUGUGUGGAUGCCCCUCUGUUGGAAUUGUGCACAUGAGGAGUCCAUGCUGGACAUCUCGCUAAACAAAGAGGGAAUCUCCUGUGAGUUUCUGCUCUCCAGAGAUUUGGAAGGUGGAGGCAAGCGUGGUCUUACAAAAUACUGAGCCUGCAUACAGCAAGCUGUUCGAGGUGUCUUCUUGAUUCCAGUAGAGCUGAGAUAAGCUUUAAAAUUCAUGGCUUUAAGAAAGCAAAUCAUCAUAAUGCAUUUCGUUUAGUGGUCUAUUAUGAUGGAGAAAAAUGAAAGCGUGCCCCCUCAAAAAAUAAAUUUGGAUUGUGUAUUUCCCAUUUUUAAAGUUGCUUGCUAUAUUUAAGUAACCAAGUUUACUAGAGAAGGGCAAUGGUUAUUCACACACACUGUUUUAUAAUUCUCAGAUAUAUUGAGUUUUAUUUAGGAGAUUUAGAUGAAAGUUUGUGUUUUGCUUUGCGAUUUGCUUCCUUUGUCCAAAGUCCUAAAUUCUGCUGUCAUUUACAUCUUUCACAAACUUGCAUUUGUUAGCUUCUUCUAACCUGAAAUUAACCAGUGAUUUGGAUUCCUUUCCUUUCCUUUUUUUAUUAUAUUCCCCCACCCCACCCCCAGUUUUUAACAAUUUAACAAGCAUAACUCUUACACAUUCUCAGUCUAGAUUAUACAGAUUUGGAUUUCAGCACAUAUCAGAGAAUACCUAUCUACUCAGGAUCCAUUAAGAAAAAUGCAGAAAUCUGGGUUGUUGGGGCACUAAUUUUUCUAAAGCACUUAAUAGCAUGCAUUAAAUCUUUGUGCAAUAAGAAAUAUUUGUUUGUAGGGAGCUAACAUGUAUGGAACGUGUUAAGUGAGCAAAUAUGAGCUCCUCUGUCUUUGAAGAGUCUGGCAGUGGCCUCUUUGAUGGAAUUGUGGCAUCCAUAAUUGGUGAAAUUACAGGUGGAAUUGUGGCAUCAUAUUAGGAACACUGAGUAUAUGACCGUUUACCAAGUGGUUACAAAAAGGCUGGUACUCUCAUUAGGCCAACUGCACAGAGGGACACAGUACUGACCUUUGAGGAGCACAGUUUUAUACAGAUUAGUUUUUGUGAUAUCUUAAAAUUUCUGAUAAUCUUUCAAGAAUGUCAUUUCUACAAGACACCUGCUUUUGAAAAUUGCAAGUUAAUUUUGGGAGGGCAAUGCAAAUCGUUUAUUUUGCCUAUGGCACAAAAUAACCUUGCCUACAGUGUGAAAUAGCCAGGCACCAGCACUAGUUAUGUCCCACAGUUUGCAAAGUAACCACUUGGUAAGGUGGUUGUCCUACCAAGCAACGAGGGAGAAUUUUUUGCACUCCGCUUUUUAAAUUAUUAGGCGUUUACAGGUGUGGAUAGAUUUGCCUCGUUCCUUGGCACAAUGAUACACACAGGAAAGGUUUGCCACGUGGUUGCUUGCAUGCCACGAUUUUGUUUUCCUUUGGUAAAGCAUCGUAAUCAUCUGUCCUCUUGAAUUUGUGACUGCAAAACACUCCUCCAAGCUGGUCAUCAAUGGAUUUGAAGACCAGUAACUACAAUCUGUUGAAGUGGUAAUUACCAAAUUUCAAUUUUACAUAGCUCUGCCUCCAUUUGGGGAGCAGACAUGUGUUGCGGACAUUCCCUGCCAAAUUGUACUUCUGUGGCGGCCCUUUUGCACAGCCUAGCUAUGACAGGACAGACAAAGUUACGACUUUGCAGGGGGUUGGACUAGAUGGCCCUCAGGGUCCCUUCCAACUCUGCAAUUCUAUUAAUCUACCUGAUAGACACAAUCAUGCAAGUUAUCUGCUAGGCACUUAGUGGCUCAAACAUCCCACCCCACCCACUUCGAUACCCGACCUGUCUUAUGCAACCUUUAAAGGCACUGAAGCUUCUCGUUCUUAGUCUCUUGGGAAAAGGGACUUAACAAUAAGUUCAUUCCAGUUUAACUGGGACUUGUUAAAAACAAAUGGAAAACAUCUGCUUUUCUGCCUCUUUAGUCAUCAUCAUCAGCACUUAUCUGUGAAGUGGUUCUGUUAAUCAACUGCACCACGAGCAUAUCGUAUCUUUUGUUUCAUCCCGAAAACUCGCACAAACAUUGAGCCUUUCCUACAUGUAAUGAGAUUAUUAUUAUUAUUAUUAUUUCCCAAAGUGCUUUCCAGAGCUUCCUGCAUAAAACUGCAACGGCCAUGCUCACAUAUCUGUCCCAAGUGUACACAGUUGCAUGAUUCGUGCGUGCAACGUUGCCCCAAGCGAGUGGCUGCGUGGCUUGACUUGCACCUCAGGUGGUCAGCCAAGACUCAUAUCAUUCCUUUGUAUAUUCUGGAUAAUUUGUAAAUGUGUAUAAAAUCGUUUUUAAUUUAAAGAUCUUCUGCUUUUGAGAGUUUAGAAGGACGCAGCUUUGGGCGGGGAGGGCAAGGAAUGAAGCAAGCACAAAGCGCUCUGAGCCUCCUUGAGUCUGUGGAAUGGGUCCGUGAAGAGGCAUUUUUUGCUGUUCCCAAAGUUCAUCGCCGUUUCUAGCAAAGUAUUUUCAGCCGAGAGACUGCUUUCCUCAGCUAGGUUCCUCUUUCCCCUGAGUGCGUCUUUUCCAAAUUUAAAAUGGCAAGGUCUGUUUCUGCUAUGUGAGAAUACCCAUCGCAUGCUAACAUCUGGCAGCACGGAGCGUGUUGACUUUGGUGGUGCUGUGAGUGACGUCUCGCCCUAGGGGUGCGGUUUUGUUUUUGUUUUUUGGAGGGGGGAGAGUUUAAAAGAAACUUCUGCUCCUUCCAUUGCCUCUGCACCAGGCCCCAUGUGCCAUAAUAACUCUCCAGAGGUAGACUGAAAAGCAGCUUGGCGUGGAAUAGAGAUGACCAUACACGUGCUCCGUUUGAAAGCUUUCAGGCGAGGGUUAAGGAUGGCGUGAGCCAUGCAGCUGUCAACUUUGCAUCUCAACCUGCUUUUGGGUUUGUCUAGAAAUUGAUUCUCUGGGCUUUUCAGGUGAGGGAGUGGGGAUGAGAACAGGAGACCCCACCCACAGAGGCCGGAAAGGCCCAAUAAGUUUUGGGGCCUGAGGCAAAAAUCCAAAUGUUGCCUCUCUUCUCUCACUCCCCCACCUCUUCUCACUUGAUGGUGGUCAAAAUACAAGGAGACAGUAAAUAACUGUACAUUUUGUGGCGUUGCACCACCCUGCCUAAUUGGUCCAGGUCUGAGGGGGAUUCUUUCAUAGCUGUCAACGUUUCCCUUUUUUAAAAGGAAAUUCCCUUCUUCCGAAUAGGAUUCCUCGCAAGAAAAGGGGAAAGUUGACAGCUAUGGAUUCUUUCUCUGCCCAUUUGUAAUGAUGAACACAGUUGAGUGGUAUGGCGUGCAGCUGUUCUUUGAGGAGGUAAUAAGAGAGGCAGCAGCUUAUGCAGAAACAAAGAAAAUGGAGGGAGGAAAGUUGCCUUUUUUGUUUUUAAAAACCCCGUUACUGUGCAGAAGGCGGCUUGCCACUCAUUUAGCAAACCCGUGAGGUGAUUCCAGGGAGCCCUGGGGUUGUAUUCAACUAGGUCCUGUUCAGAGUAGACCCUUUGAGCUUGCCAAACGAUAAAGUUACUCACAUCCAUUCACUUUGGUGGGUCUACUUUGAGUAGGACAAGCCCUGAAUGCCACCCCUGCCCUUCCUCGGAGUCUCCGAAGCAAAUUGGUGCAACACCUCUCUGGGAGCAAGCAGCCCCCUUGAAGGGUCUUCUUUGGGCAUGAGCCAACUGCACAGGAUCAAAAUGAACAGGAGUCAUGUGGGAACAUGUCUGGUUAACUUCUGGAGAGCAAGGAGGAGAUCCUGGUGGAUCGUGCCCCCAGCCAAACCCAACCACUUCCCCCUUCCUUUUUUAUUUUUUAUUUUAUUGCGCUAGUUUGGACUGGUGACGGGCGGGGUAAGGAAGGUCUACUUUUAAAAUAAUGAGCUUUUGGUAAAGGUGUGUCCCCCCCCUUUAAAUUGUUAUUCUUUCUUCUCCAAAUAGUCUAUGCAUUUCCAAUGUCGAAAGCCGUUUUCUGCCGCUCUCCCCCCCCCCAACCCCACCCCUCCCUGCCCAAAAGGCACUGUGUGUUCUGCUCUGUGGACAACACUCUGAGAAUGUCAUGUGUGCAAAUUUGGACGUUUUAAAUCCAAAGUAAAUGGCAACCUAAUUUUUUUGUUUGUUUGUUUGCUUCCCCGAAGUCCCUUUCCACAUAUAUAUAUAUAUAUAAUUUUAAGUCAAGGCCAUGAUCCGCCUCAAGAAGCUUGUGUGCACAUCCCAUUGAAACCUGGGGACUUGCACAGGAGACCUUCCCAGCGGGUCAUGCGCUCUGAAGAUUUUAUUUUUUUGUUUUUAUUUUUAUUUUUUGCAUUUGUGCAAUAACUACUUGCCAUUUUAUCGGGCUAACCUUUGGACUUGCCCUGACUACUAACACAGCACAAAAUGAACUCGAAACAAAAAAAAAAAGGUGUAUUUUUUUUCCUGAGAAUAUUUUCUUUUUUAAAAAAAAAAAAUUGAUGAUAAGCUCCAUUUUACCCCCGUGUACUUGUGGUGUCCGACAUUUUUAGCAGUAUUUUAUAUAUAUAUAUAUAAAUAUUAUAUUAUUAUUAUUAUUAUUUUCCUGUAACGCACUAAGUCUUAGAUGUUUUUAGACGCUCAUUUCUUAUAUUCACAAUCACAGAUUUUAAUGAAAUAUCCUCACAAAGACCCAAUUGACCAAAAAAAGUGUCUUUUCUUUUUUUUUGUACAAGUAGCUUUGAGAAGCCCCACGUUGUGUUGCUGUGAUUUCAUCUUUUGUAACAUUUUAUUUCUUGUUCAGAAGUUUAUUAAAGAAAAAAAAAGUUUUAUAUGGCGGGCUGUGACGGAGUGGGGGGGCCUCCCUCCGUUAGGGGGGGCGGCAUUUCCUUCCUGUCUUGGGCCCGCCAUACAAUGUUCUGUUCUCAGCACUGUACAACAGUCCCUAUAUGAUAUGGAGAAGCAAUAUCACUGUACGAAACUCACAUGAUGUAUUAUUAUAAUUCACUAGCACCCUAGGUGUGAUAAUUGAAGUAAAUAUCUUUUAUACAAACAUAA